UUGAGUUGUACCCUGCACACGCGCACACACACACACACACACACACACACACACACACACACACAGCCCCAGCUGUCCCCAGCGCCUCCAAGUGUGCUGAGAGGUUGGGAUGCUGGCUGAGUGGGGGGAGGAGGUUUGCCACCAGAAACCAGAGCCCAUUUACUGGCUAGCCCACCUUCCCAUGACUCACCCCCAAAGUGACGGCUGCUGUCUCAGUGUGGAGGCCGACCAGAGAGAGGCUGUCCAUUUCUGGAGUGUUCUGACUGAAGUGGAGAUAUGAACCUGCACGGGGUUCACGUCCUGCUGGCUUGGAUUCUCUGUGGACUGUCCGGUCCGGCCUUCUGCUCGGAAGACGAGACCCGCCUGGUCAAACACCUGUUCAGCGGUUACAACAAGGUGGUCCGUCCCGUCAACCACUUCAGCGAGGCCGUGGUGGUCACGGUGGGACUGCAGUUGAUUCAGCUCAUCAGCGUGGAUGAAGUCAACCAGAUUGUGACCAGUAAUGUCCGCCUCAGACAGCAAUGGAUCGACGUGAACCUACACUGGAAUCCUGACGACUACGGUGGGAUCAGGAAGAUUCGCCUCCCGUCCACAGACAUUUGGAAGCCCGACUUGGUGCUUUACAACAACGCGGACGGUGACUUUGCUAUCAUCCAUGAAACUAAAGUCCUGCUGGAGCACACCGGAAAGAUCACGUGGAACCCGCCCGCCAUCUUCAAGAGUUACUGCGAGAUCAUCGUCCUGCAUUUCCCCUUUGACCUGCAGAACUGUAGCAUGAAGCUGGGAACGUGGACCUACGACGGCCGGCUGGUCGUCAUCAACCCUGACAGUGACCGACCAGACUUGAGUAACUUCAUGGAGUCGGGAGAGUGGGUGCUGAAGGACUACAGGAGCUGGAAACAUUGGGUCUACUACACCUGCUGCCCCGACACGCCCUACCUGGACAUCACCUACCACUUCCUGAUGCUGCGACUGCCUCUCUACUUCAUCGUCAACGUCAUCAUCCCCUGCAUGCUCUUCUCUUUCCUCACCGGACUCGUCUUUUACCUGCCGACCGACUCCGGUGAAAAGAUGACUCUGUCCAUCUCCGUCCUGCUCUCGCUGACCGUCUUCCUGCUGGUCAUCGUGGAGCUCAUCCCGUCCACAUCCAGCGCCGUCCCCCUCAUCGGGAAGUACAUGCUCUUCACCAUGGUGUUCGUCAUCGCCUCCAUCAUCAUCACCGUCAUCGUCAUCAACACGCACCACCGCUCGCCCAGCACACACACCAUGCCCACCUGGAUACGCAAGGUGUUCAUCGAAACAAUCCCCAACAUGAUGUUCUUCUCCACCAUGAAGUGUCCCAGCCAGGAGGUCCGUCAGAAGAGGUUGUUCCCCACGGACAUGGACAUCUCUGACAUCUCAGGUAACCCCACCCCCACCAACGUCCCCUACCAGUCUCCCAUCAUCAAGAACCCUGACGUCCGCAGCGCCAUCGAAGGCGUGAAAUACAUCGCUGAAACCAUGAAGUCGGACGAGGAGUCAAACAACGCAGCCGAGGAGUGGAAGUUUGUCGCCAUGGUUUUGGACCACAUCCUGCUUUGCGUCUUCAUGGCCGUGUGCCUCAUCGGUACGCUCGCCGUCUUCGCAGGAAGACUCAUCGAGCUCAACAUGCUGUGAAGGAGCGUGCACGGAAGAGGAUGCCAGCCAGCAUUUUUAAAGAGUUUAUUUGGAGGUGGGCUGAAAGGCCGCACGGCUCAUACUUGAAACUAUUCUCGUCUUUCUCUGUGAUGCUCCACUGGACGUGAUGAUUGUGUCGUGAUGUAAAAUACAAAAACAGUCAUGGAAUUUUGUUUCAUUUUUGCUUUAUCUCAAUGGAGAUUCUUUUUCAUUUUGUGUUUUCGUGUCCAUUUUAUACAGCUUGUUUGUUUAAUGACAUUUUUUCAUCGAGCCAGAGCAAAUUAUUUCCUGUCUGGAAGUUUUAUUGUUUGGGUUUGCUCGACGCUUAGCUGACAUCUCAUUCAGUGUACAUACAAUUACAAUCCCCCACCCCCAAUCUUCCAAGUUUUAUUCUUGGCCAAGUGAUGGGUAAAAAAACAAAACUAAUGUGCUACUUUAGUUAAAAGAAGAUACUUUUUGACCAGGCGUUCACUCAACUCCAAUACUCACUAAACCCACUUUAAUUAAGUUUCAUUUAUCAAUUAAAAUGUCGCCUUUUUAAACAUUAAUACUGCCCCAAGUGCCUUUUUGGUAAAUGUUUUAGGGCAUUUUAUUAAAUAAAUGAGGGGGAACACGAUAACUGCAUGCAUAAAUUGCAUAAAAUAAAAUUAAAUAUCGAAAUUGCACAAAAAGUGUGCCUUAAAAAUUGCCUAUAUUGACUAUUAUGGUUUUACUUCAGUCAGGCGUUGGUUGUAUAUUACAUACUCUUAAAAAAAAUGAUUAGACCACCCAUGUUUCUUCAGUUUCUUGUUCAUUUGACUGAUACAACUAAAAGGUUACCUCUGUUUGGACGACAUAAUAACGUAAUGGAGCCGCAACCCACUUUGGGGUCCCGACCCACAAGUUGAGAAUAACUGCAAUAGACCAACCUCAUGCAGCUUUUUGAUGUAGAGGACAGAGGAAAAACAUCCAUUUCAUUUUUUUUCCCCUUUUCAUUGCAACAAUACAAAUAUUAUUUUCACUUUUGAAAAGAAAAUUGUAUAGAUGUGUUCUUUUUCAAUGCACAGCAACAAUAUAGUACCUUUUCACAGUUUUUAAACGCAUUGCAAUUGAACCGUAGUGAAGACUAUAUCUGACAUUUUCAAAAGGAUAUGCGGAAAACUAAAAUAAAGCAAAACUGGUUUACUCAAGUAAUGGUCCAGUUAAAUGAAUAAGUCUUAUAUGGCACAAAAAUGUCUCAUAUAAAAACUGUAUUCAAUUAAAAAUUAAAUAGCAUUUAUAACGAGAAGCAGCAUAGAAAAUGGAUGGAUGGAAUUGUGUGCUGAGUUGUUUAAUAUUUACUGUAACUAUGGUCAAUAUAUUAGUGUAACAUACACGUGACUUUUUUUUAGUGUGUAUUUAUUGCUUUGUCCCAAGUGAUGUGAUUGAUAUUGAUGUUCUGAUGUGAGGAGGCUGAGGUUUGAUUCCAGUAGGUUACUUAUGCACUAUGCAAAAGGGCCCCCUGUGAAUCGGGGCCCUACAGACUCUAGAAUCAUCUCUAUACAAAGUGUCAAUAUUACAUUGUCGCUGCAGUGUUUUUGGUUGUUGAUUUUGCAGCUGCAAAUGAUUGAAUUCAACGUGACCAUGCAGUGAAGUUCAUUUUGAGCUCACCAUUUUUUUUUUGUACUUCCAUUUGUGUGGAGAACUUGGAAAUAAA